AUGCAAGAAUCAUGGUUUCCAUCUAUUUUUAAUACGGUACACAGUAAUGGAAAAGGUGCAGCAAUUUAUCAGAGUAAUGGUGAAAUUUCAAUAAAUAGUGGAGGAAGUGGAACAGAUAGUUCAUCACAACAUACCAAAAAGAAAGUUAAAAGAAAAGCUGAACCACCUGUUUUAGGAAUACGUUAUACAAUAUCAUGCGUACGACACGGUGAAAUAGAUGAUGAUAAUAUGUUAACAUUAUGUGGUACCUGUUGGACAUGGCGUAAAUUACCACCUGAUUAUUUUCCACCUUUAAUUAAUGAACUUGUUUGCUCAAAAGAAAAUCAAGGUCAUUGUCUAUCUGGUUGGGGUAAAUGUCAACAAAAAUAUCGUAAUUUUGAUGUGCUACGAAAUGUUAAUGGAAAUUGGCAACCAACAACGAUCUCAACAGCAACAUGCUGUGAUUGUCGAAUUCGAGCAGGCACUGAAAUACAUCCACUUGUUAUUGGCAAAAGGCAAAAUUAA